GGGUUGCGGGGCCGAGAGCGGGUCCAUGGGUUAAUUCCUGCCGCGCUGCGGGGCUGAGACCGGGCAUGGCCCUGGCGCUGCGCCUGCUGCUGCUGGGGGCUGUAGCCCUGCAGGGGGGCCACUCCCGCCUGCACUCUUGGCGCAUAUUCCACACGGUGGUGUCGCAGCCUGGCCCGGGACUGCCCUGGCACAGGUAUGUCGGCUACGUGGACGAUCAGGUCAUCUUCGAAUACAGCAGCGAGAAGCAAAGGGUGGAGCCUCGUACAGCGUGGAUGACACAGAACGAGGUCCGGGUGUUCUGGGACCAUCAGAUCUUUUGGGCACGGCGCUGGGAGGCCUGGUUCAGAGCGAGUCUGAAUACCCUGCGUGAGCUCUACAACCGGACCGAGGGGUUUCACAUUAUCCAGAUGAUACUUGGCUGUGAUCUCCAGGAAGACAACACCAUUCAGGGGUUUUACCGGGAUUCAUAUAACGAACAAGACUUUCUUACCUUCGAUAAGGAGACCAUGACUUGGGUAGCAGCAGAUAUUGGAGCUCAGAUCACCAAGAGGAGAUGGGAUGCUGAAGUAUUUGACAACCAGCGGUGGAAACACUACCUGGAGGAGGAAUGUAUGCCCUGGCUAAGGAGUUCUCUAGAGUACGGGAAGGAGACUCUGCAGAGGAAAGUGUGCCCAACAGCUAGAGUAAGUGACAGGUUAUCUCAUGACGGCCUCACCACCCUCUCCUGUAAGGUCAGUGGGUUCUACCCCCGGGACAUCACCGUGACCUGGCUGAAAAAUGGGGAGAGCAGUGAGCAAGAGACCUACUCUGAAGGCAUCCUACCCAGUGGGGACGGGACCUACCAGACCUGGGUGACAAUGGAGAUUGAUCCCAAGAUCAAAGCCCAUUAUUCAUGUCACGUGGAGCAUGAAAGCCUGUUAGAGCCACUCUCUGUCUCCUGGGAACCAAAUAACAGUCUGAUUCCCGUUGUGGCUGGAGUUAUCACUGCAGUUGUCCUGAUUAGUGUUAUAAUCGGAGUAGUCGUCUGGAAAAAGAGAUGCCCAGGGAGGAAUGGAGACGGCUACGCUGUAGCUCAGGCAAAUGACCAAGGAUCAAGUGGCUCUGAUGUAUCUGCCAGGGCUUAACAGAGCCUGUUGGAGUCUGUGCCUCAACCUGAGGGGAUCCCAGAGAGGAAGAUCAAUGAGCUCUGCUCUGUCUCCCUACAGGAACCAAUCAACCUCUCCCUAGCUUUUCUCUGGCCCUUGGAGUGUCCCGUGUGGGAUUUCUCGCCUCAUCUAUCUGCUCACUGAACCACCUUUUACUUUUCAGAUGUAAUAGUUUUCUGUACAAAUGUUUUGUUUGCACAAUAUAAUUUAUUGCAACAUUUUAAUGGAUAAAAACGUUUUUAGUAAGAUUUUAGUAUUUGCUACAUUUAGUGUGUGCGCUCAGUGCAGUGCUCUGUGCUGUGCAGUGCUGUUUGCACGCCCUGUACGGUACUCUAGAUAUGUGAGCAGUAACUGCUUGUGUGUAUAUGGUGGGGACGUAUUUUUUUUCUGUAGAAUUUCAUGAUUAUAACAUGGUAAAUUGCCUGGUCUACUCGCUAGUAGCGCUGUUGCCAUCAUCAGCUGAGGACAUCUGUUGGACAGGAAUAAGUGCGUUUAGUUUAUAAGUGCCUCUAAUGUCCUUUUCACCAUUCAUAGAGCCAUAGAAAUGCUGGGCUAGAAGGGACCUCAAGAGGUCAUCAAGUCCAGCCUCUGAUCUUAGGCAGCACCAAGUAAACCUAGACCAUCCCUGACAGGUGUUUGUCCAACCUGUUCUUAAAAGCCUCCAAUGACGGGGAUUUCACAUUUUCUCUAGGCAACCUGUGUGAUGAAGUGGGGAAUUUUCCUAAUGUUGUGUAUGUAUACUGUGAGUGCCUCAGUUUCCCCCAUGUGCUGCAUGUCUCACCAAGGUGGGAGGGGGCGUCUAUUGUUGCAGAGGACCAGGUGUGGCCCAGUCUAGCAGCCUGGACCCCAGACCACGGCCUGGACACUUUGUAACUUAACAACUGAUGACGGGAAGGCCCAUCCCAACUUGGAGCCAGCCAGUUAUGGGCAGCAGAGAGAACAAACAGCUGAAGAGAGAGUCACCUGGAGAUCCGUUUGCACGGGAAAGAAAACAAAGAUGGAGGCGGAGCCUUGGAGGUGAUAUGGGGUGGGCCGCAGAAAGGCGGAGUCACUUCUGGGCUGGGAACAGAGAGCGGCCUGAGCCCACCUGGACGGAGACAGACCCAGAUGGACGCCCCUGAGAACAACUUGUGCUGUGCUCCAGACAUACAAUAAACACUUCUGUGUUGCGCUGGCUGAGAAUCACUGAGGCUAGAGAGCGGCAGACAUGCUGAAGGCUCAGACAUGCGGUACUGGGAGGCGGAGGAGAAACCUACAGCUUAAACCCUGAGCAAAGAGUGUGACCUUAUGUAGGGUCAAUACUCUAAAGGGCGUGUCCUCCCAGGGGCCAUAUGGAGCCAAGAGAGCACUGGCCUGUGAGUCUGUGACAACCUGUUCCACAGUGAACUGUCCUUAGAGCUAGAAAGCUUUUCCUAAUGUCUAACCUAAAUUCCCCCUUCUCUUACUGUCAGUGCACGUGGAGAACAAUUGAUCACCGUCCUCUUCAUAGCAGCCCUUUAUGCCAGGGUAGUUAAUUAUUUUUUGUCAAGGUCCAAAUUUCUUGGUCAAGAUAUAGUCACAGUCCAGACUCAAGAGAAACAUUUUUUCACACCACAAGUGCCCCUGUUCAAUGAACACAUACAAUGCUGCGAAAUAUACGCAGGGCCAAUAUUGUUUAUAUUCUUAGUGCAUUAAAUGAAAAAUAAAAUCAAACCAUUGUAUAGCCUAAAACAGUGGUCCCCAAUGUGGUGCCUGUGGGCGCCAUGGCGCCCACCGGGGCAUUUAUGUGCGCCCGCCUAGUGCCCAGCAGGGGAGAGAAGCUGCGGCCCCGUGCCUGACGGGGACAGAGAUCUCUGGGGCUGCAGGCUGUGGGCACCCGUGUUCUCUGUCCUCGCGGCUUCUCUCCGGCUUCUCUCUGAGCUGCCCAGAACUGCAGCCCAAAAAAAAAAAAAAAAAAGCCCCGUAGCAUGUGCUGCCCCAGGCACGUGCUUGCUCCACUGGUGCCUGGAGCCGGCCCUGUAUGUGAGUAUUCUUCCGCUGCACUAAUACUGCUGUUUUCUUGUGCUUUGCGAUUUAUUAUUUUUUUUAACAUUUUGGCCCAAAAUGAGUGGUUCAAAUAAAAGACAACGUACGUAUUAUUUCAAUG